AUGGUCAAGAUCACUGGUUUCAGCACACGCGAUGUGCGGUUCCCUACCUCCCUCGACAAGACUGGCUCAGACGCCAUGAACGCAGCAGGCGACUACUCUUCCGCAUACUGCAUCAUCACCACAGACUCGGAAUACACCGGACAUGGCAUGACCUUCACAAUCGGCCGCGGCAACGAGAUCGUCUGCGCAGCCAUCUCUCUCCUCGCCCCAAUGGUCGUCGGCAAAGACCUGGACGAGCUAACCGCCGACUGGGGCAAGACCUGGCGGUACCUCGUCUCCGACAGCCAGCUGCGCUGGAUCGGCCCGGAGAAGGGCGUAAUGCACCUCGCGCUGGGCGCCGUCGUCAACGCCCUCUGGGAUCUGUGGGCCAAGAUCCUCGGUAAGCCCGUCUGGCGCAUCGUCGCUGAUAUGACGCCCGAGGAAUUCGUGCGCUGCAUCGACUUCCGCUAUAUCACUGAUGCUAUUACGCCUGAGGAGGCGAUCCGUCUCCUGCAGGAGGUCGAGCCUGGUAAGCAGGAGCGCAUUAAGGAGGCUGAGGCUAGUAAGGCUGUGCCUGCUUAUACUACCAGUGCUGGGUGGCUGGGGUAUAGCCAGGAUAAGUUGAAGCUUUUGUUGAAGGAGAGUGUUGCGCAGGGAUAUAAGCAUUUCAAGCUUAAGGUUGGUGGUGAUUUGGAGGAUGAUAAGGCACGUUUGAGGAUUGCUCGCGAGGCCAUUGGGUAUGAUCAGGGGAACAUUCUGAUGGUUGAUGCCAACCAGGUCUGGUCCGUCCCAGAGGCUAUCACCUGGAUGCAGGAACUCGCCGAGUUCAAGCCCUGGUUCAUUGAGGAGCCCACCUCACCCGAUGAUAUCCUCGGCCACGCGGCCAUCCGCAAGGCGCUGGAGAACACGCCACACGGCACUGUCGGCGUCGCCACAGGCGAAAUGUGCCAGAACCGCGUUAUCUUCAAGCAGCUUCUGCAAGCGGGUGCCUUGACGGUUCUGCAGCCUGAUGCGUGCCGUGUUGGCGGUGUGAACGAGGUUCUUGCGAUCUUGCUUCUGGCUCGCAAGUUCGGCGUCCCUAUCGUACCUCACUCUGGUGGUGUUGGUCUGCCCGAGUACACACAGCACUUGAGCACGAUCGACUAUGUCGUCGUUACUGGCAAGAAGAGUGUGCUUGAGUACGUGGACCAUCUGCAUGAGCACUUCGUGCACCCGUCUAGUGUUCAGGAUGGGUACUAUGUGACACCUUUGGAGCCAGGAUAUAGUGUUGAGAUGAAGGCGGAUAGUAUGGAUGCAUUUGAGUUCCCUGGCAAGGAGGGUAAGAGUUGGUGGAGAUCUGAGGAGGCGAAGAGUAUCAUUGAUGGGCCUCGGGUUGUAUAG